UUGAAAAGGAAUAUAAUUGAAGAAAAAAAAUGUUCUGAAUUUUUGCUGAAAAGUUUAACACAAAAGGGAAUUAUGGAGAUUUAAGAGGAACGUUAAAUACCUAUAUAAAGAUAUUUUUAGAGCUUUUUCUCACCUCAAUCGUAUUUUGUACCUAUGUAGCUUUAGAUACUGAAUGUACAGAGAUAAAGGCGAUGGUAAAGAAAAAAAAAUUCCGCGUGAAGGUAAAAAAUUUGUUGGAAUUUUCAAUCGUUAUGCAAUUCCAUUGACAAUUUUUUCCGCGUGUACAGUGUAGUCGGUGAUUGGUGAUGAAAAAGCCUCUCAUUGUUGUCUUUUUUGUGUACCUGUGGUGUCUCCACACAGCUUACGCGAGUGGUGUCCAAUGGCGCGGAAAUAUUCUCUGUCUUAUGGGUGUUCCCUCACCUAGUCAUCAUAUUUGGAAUCGCUCUCUCAUGCAGGAGCUCAUGCAACGUGGCUACAACCUCACCGUUCUCACUGUUGAAAUUGAAGAAUCCCAACCCAAUUUACACUUUAUCACCAUGGAAAAUGUCUACGAAGAUGUACAGCUGGAAUGGAAUGCAGGAAGAAAUAGCGAUGGAGUAGAUUUGGAGAUUAAGAAUCCUUGGAGCAUUGUGGUUGAAUCUUAUGAUUUCUAUCAUUUUGUUUCGCAAAAACUAACAUCAACUCAAGGGUUUCAACAGCUACUGGACUAUCCGGAUAAUUUUAAAUUUUCCGCCAUCAUUCAUGAUUUCUCCCUGGGUCAAGUAAUGUUAGGUUUUGUGAAGAAAUUCAAUAAUCCCCCGCUGAUCAGUGUGAGUCCCUUUGGUGCACCACCAAACACAUGGGCAGUGGCUGGAGAGUCUCUUUUAGCGCCCUUUUCUCCGCAUUUUUCAACUGGAUUCCCAGCUGAGAUGAACUUUUGGGAGAAAAUGGCGAAUCUGGGUGUACAUUUGUGGGACUGGAUGUAUAGGAAAGUAAUUUUUAUGCCGCGCGAAACUCACCUGGCUAGAAGAUAUUUUCCCGGAGUUAAUUUGGAAGUCAUUGAGCAGGAAUCAAGGGUAAUUCUCAUUAAUAGAGAACCUCUCUUGGAUGCUGGAAUACCCCUUCCAGCUCAUGUGGUGAAUGUGGGAGGUCUCCAUGUGGACAGAGAAGGUUGGCUACCACAUGAAAUUGAAAGAGUUCUCUCCUCGCCAAGGCCUACAAUUUUAUUUGCUUUGGGCAGUAACAUGAGAAGUGAUCUACUAGGUGAGGAAAUUCUUUCAAAAUUCAUUAAAGUUUUCCAAAAGCUCAGCAAUUUUACCUUCAUAUGGAAGUAUGAGGGAAGAAGACCAUCAAAUUGGCCCAGAAAUAUCAUAACAAUCGAUUGGUUGGAUCAAAAUAAAGUUCUCGAACAUCCCAAUUUGGCGCUUUUCAUCACCCACGGUGGACUUCUUAGUGUGCAAGAAGCUGCCUGGUAUGGAGUACCUAUUCUCGGGAUACCUCUCUUUAUGGAUCAACAUACAAAUAUUGCCAAAGCUGUCUCUCGUGGUCUUGGUCUUGAUUUAAAUAUUAACUCCUUUACAGUUGAUGAGCUUGAGUGGAAAAUUCUCCAAAUUGUGGAAAAGAAGCAUUUCAGGGAGACUGCUGGGAAUAUAUCAAAAGCAUGGCAACUACAGGGAUCACCACGCUCAAAAGCACUCUCAUGGAUUGAAAUUAUUGCUGAGUAUGACAAGUUGAGUUAUCAAUUGAAAAAUCAAAUGAAUUUUUGGGAAAUUUUAUUACCUUCUACUCUAUGUCUUUUAGUGAUUACUCUCGUACUCCUUAAAAUCUUUAUUUGUUUAAUUUCCAAUUUAAAGAGCAAUAAGUUCCAUCAGAGGAAGAAACUUAAGAAAAAAUAAAUUAUUUUAUGGUUUAAAUAAA